GGCCUGACGAGACGAGAUCCGGACCUCCGUCCUCCCAACUAGGGCGCGCGCGCGACCUCGGCACCGGCGGCCUCGAUCCAUCGUUCUCUCGGAUCCCCGCCAGUGCAUGCCCUGGAACGGACGGACGGAAUGGCAGCGUCGCCGGACCACCUCUUCGGCCUGCGCAACAGCUUCUACGUCGGCGCAUACCACGCCGUCAUCACCAGCAGCCAGUCCCUCCCCGCGCACGCGCUCUCCCCCGACGACCUCGUCGAGCGCGACGCCCUCAUGUACCGCUCCUACAUCGCCAUCGGCUCCUACCAGCUGGUGAUCGGCGAGAUCGGGCCCAGCGCGGCCACGCCGCUCCAGGCCGUCAAGCUGCUCGCCGUGUACCUCUCCGGCGACGGCGGGAACAGGGAAUCGGUGGUCUCGAGGCUUCGUGAGCUCCUGUCAGACGCGGCGGUCGGGAGCAAUCCGAUUCUCCGGGUGAUGGCCGGCACCGUCUUCAUGCACGAACGCGAUUACGCCGAGGCUCUCAAGCACACCAACUCCGGUGGCAGCAUGGAGCUGCUUGCGCUGAAUGUUCAGAUAUACCUUCAAAUGAACAGGACGGACCACGCAGAGAAGCAGCUCAGGGUGAUGCAGCAGCUGGACGAAGACCACACGCUGACGCAGCUCGCCAACGCAUGGGUCGACCUUGUGCUGGGUGGUUCCAAGAUCCAAGAAGCGCGCCUCAUCUUCCAGGACCUGUCCGAGAAGUACCCGACGACCUGCACGAUUCUUAACGGGAAAGCCCUGUGCUCGAUGCACAUGGGCAACUUCGAGGACGCGGAGGGGUUGCUGCUCGAGUCACUGAACAAGGACGCCAAGGAUACUGAGACUCUCGCCAACCUCACGGUGUGCAGCCUGAACCUGGGGAAACCCGCAACGCGCUACCUCAACCAGCUGAAGCUCGCACACCCGGACCACGCGCUGGUGAAGCGAAUGUCCUCCGCUGCAGAGAGCUUCGACAGAGCCUGCCAAGCAAUGGCGUGAACCUCGUUUGCGAAAAUUACAUUUGUUUUCCCUAGGAUGAGUCGGAAUAACAUCGUGAUCUACUCUGAAGCAAAGCAGCUAGUGCAUGGCUUUCUCAUGGGCAGCUUGGACUCCACCGUCGGCAUGCUUUUCCACUGGUCUCGGAUAGUACAUUCGGCCUCGCUGGUGCGCUGGAAAGGCCCAGGUGUUUCCUUUACCUUUUGGGCUAUGCUCUCUCUCUCUCUGACGCCUUGUUGCGAUGGGAGUGACUGAGGGGAAGCAAUCCUUGAAAUCCUAAACAGGAGAUAGCAUGAAACAGUAUUUGGUUCAGGUACUGCAAUGCUGGGGGUCAUAUCUCAUAUGCCUGUUCCGAUCUGCAUAUAAUAAUAGGGUGUUUGGUUCAAUGAGACU